AUGAGUCCACUACUAUCCAUUUAUUUAUUAUUUAUUUUUAAUUUUAUUUCCUAUACAAGCAGUACAUCUCAUUUUUGUAAUAUAACUGCAAUUGAAACGAAAGAAAGUGGUUGUCCUGAAAAUUAUGAAGACAAACAAGAACAGGAGUGGACAUUAGAUUUAGAGGCAUUAUGUGAUGAACCAGAACCUGAUCAAGAUUUGAUUCAAAGGAGGCUUUCAGAAAAACGUCCAGAAGAACAAUGCCUAUUUAGGAGGCUUACAUACACACCAGCAUGUUGUGAUGGAUGGACUGGUAGAGAAUGCAAUGAAAAACUGAGUCGAUCUAAAAGACAAAUACAGCCAGUGAAUGAGUAUUUUCGCAUCGAAUAUAGUACAGAUGAUGAUUUCAAAAUAAAUGAACUUUUCACUCCACCACACUUAUUUACACUGACUCGUCGUCAAUUAAUUUAUCCCACAAUUAGUAUCCAUUUUACAAAAGGUCCAAUAGAUUUAAUAGCAAUACAAUUAACUACACAAAAUACUAGUGCAAGUAUGCUAGGUGAAAUAACAGCCCAUGUAACUUCAGAAAAUGGUAAUGUUACACAAUUACAAUCAAAAUCGGGUGUUAUCAGUUUUGAACAAUGUCUACGAGCGCACAGUAUUCGUUUGGAAUUGUUUAAUUUGAGUAUAUUAGCAACUGCAAUAGUAAAAGCAAAUAUUACUGUUUGUGCAGCAACUUUACCUUGCAAUUGUACACCAUUACAUGAUAUUAUGAAUGAUAUGACUUUACUUGACCGAAUUGAAGUUAAUGAUGCUCAACAACAACAUCCAACAUUAAAUGAAAUGAUGACACAAAAUAAUCUCGGCUUUAAUUCUUCAUCGAAACCAUUCGUUAUUCAAGUAUUUUUUCAAAAACUCAUGCAUAUAGCUAAAAUUAGUGUGUUGACACCAAAAUCAAAUGUUAAACAAAUACGUUUACUAUAUUUGAAUGAUAGUGGUCAACCGAUUAUUGAGAAAGGUUUACAAAAUUGGACAGCAACAUAUCUGAGUGUUUAUAAUCGAGUUAAUAAUAGUAUCGAUUAUUUGUGCCCAAAUUAUACUUUUCGUGGCAUUCAAGUAGAAUUAGUACAUACUGAAAAUUCUCAGUCCGUUUAUAAUGCAACUUUACAAGUAUUUGUUCGUAAUUGUAUGGGUCUUGGAGGUCAUGGAAUAAAAUCUAAAAAACCAAUGUGUAAUGAAACAAAUACCAUACGUGCUGGUAAUUUGGACUCAUUUUCAUCCCCUGAUUCUGUAUCAGAUAUGUCACAGGCUUACGAAGAUUUUAAAGGAGAAAAUUUUAAUACGCCCAAUGCAAGAAUUGAGGUACGAUUUAAACGACCAAAUUUAGCUUCGAUAUCAAAAAUUGAAAUACAAACAAAACAUGCAAAAUAUCCUAGUAACAUUAAACAAAUGGAAGUAACAUACAUAGAUGCAAAUGGAUCAUUGAUUAACGAUACCAAUGGGCAACUAAUUCAUAGUGUAUCUCCUGUUGAUAAACCCAUCAUUGAAGAGUAUCAUGAUGGAAUUCGUGGUCUUAAUAUUAGAAUACUUAAAACAGAUAAAAACGAUGUAGCAAAACGAUUCCGUUUACUUGUCAAGGGAUGUUAUACGGCAGCAACCAUACCAACCGCGUGUCCAACUAUUAUCGACCUAUUGGCCACACCUUCGAAUACAAUCAUUUCGAGCAAUCUGAAUAAUCAAACACAAUCGGUAGAACAAUUAGCAACUGCAUCUAAUCCGUUCAGUGCUACAUCUGGUGAAGCGAAACUGCAAUUAGCAUUAGUAACGCAAACAAUCGAUGUUUUAUCAACAAUAUCCGUAACGGGAAAAAAUCUUCAAAAUAUCGCAAUCAUCUUGUACGAUGCUUUUUAUAAUCCAACUGAAUAUUCAGUCACUUCAGGAGAAGUUUUAACGGGUAAUUUUGAGAGUAUAGAGAAAAUAGAGGUAAUAGCUACCACAACAGAUGGUCAACUGGCUCGUGACGUAAAACUCGCAAUGACAGGCUGUUACACACCAAAAAAAUUAUGGUCAAAAGCUCAAAUUGAAGAUCUGAUAACUACAACGAAACCAUCAACGACAGUUAAGCGCAUGUGUACUACAAAAAAUAUCUUACUACCAUCUAAUGUUCUCGAAUAUUAUUCACGAGAUUCAGAUACCGAGUUUAUAAAAGCUUAUGAGAAUAAAACUGGUGAAAAUUUUAAAGUUCAGCAGCCAACUGUAUUGGCAAAGUUUAAAUCCGGUAUGGUAAACGUUACACGAAUAUAUGUACAAAAAAAUUAUUCUAUAUAUCCAAGUAAUAUACAACAAAUAUCCGUUGUUUACCUGGGUUAUAAAUAUGAACCAAUAAAAUAUCCAAAUGGAAGCGUAAUUGAACUAAUUUCACCAAAUGAUAGUGCUACUAUUGAUGAUUAUAGAACGGAGAUACGUGGUUUACAAGUUAAAAUUUUGAAUACAACAGGCAGUACGCCGCAACGCUUUCGUCUCGUCGUUGUUGGAUGUUUCGUCCCAGAUGCAGUCCAUUAUAUGGCAAUACCAGUAGCACCUGGCGUGCAACAAUCAAGUACCGAAAAACCAUUGUAUUGUCCAACUAUUAUCGACCUAUUGGCCACACCUUCGAAUACAAUCAUUUCGAGCAAUCUGAAUAAUCAAACACAAUCGGUAGAACAAUUAGCAACUGCAUCUAAUCCGUUCAGUGCUACAUCUGGUGAAGCGAAACUGCAAUUAGCAUUAGUAACGCAAACAAUCGAUGUUUUAUCAACAAUAUCCGUAACGGGAAAAAAUCUUCAAAAUAUCGCAAUCAUCUUGUACGAUGCUUUUUAUAAUCCAACUGAAUAUUCAGUCACUUCAGGAGAAGUUUUAACGGGUAAUUUUGAGAGUAUAGAGAAAAUAGAGGUAAUAGCUACCACAACAGAUGGUCAACUGGCUCGUGACGUAAAACUCGCAAUGACAGGCUGUUACACACCAAAAAAAUUAUGGUCAAAAGCUCAAAUUGAAGAUCUGAUAACUACAACGACAAUACCAUCUACAUCAACAAGAAUACAAGGCCCUUGUAAUAUUUCUAACAUACUUCAACCGACGAAUAUGGCCGUCUAUUCAUCAGUCGAUAGCAUGAGUACCUUUACCAAAGGCUAUGAGAAUACACGUGGUGAAAAUUUUGUACUAUCAACAACACCAACUAUAACAGCUAUUUUUCGGGGGCUUGUGACUAUUACUGAUGUUGACUUGCAAAAAGAAUAUAAUGGAACAUCAACUAAUAUCAAUAAAUUUGAAUAUUAUUAUAUUGCAUCAGAUGGAAAGCCACUAAAGGAUCCGAUUACGAAUCAAAUAGUGAAAUUCACUACACUCGACGGACAACUGUCGAUCCACGAUAGGAAACGAAUUGGUAUCAAUGUGAAAGGGCUCCAUGUUACAGUUUUAAAAACGAGUGAUGGUUAUCCCCGUAAUUUUCGAUUAAGAGUCUUCGGUUGUUAUACACCUAGUAAAAAAGAGAAGAAAUUUCGUGUGACGUUAUACAAAGAGAACGGAAAAGUAUACCUUGGUUCAUCAGUUACACAAUUAGUAUUCGCUACAAUAAGUGGAACAACUGUAGAUUCAUCUCAAGGCAGGACAACUAAUAUUAAUCAGAUUGAAAUGACGUAUAAAACUCUGAAUGGAUCUACAUUGACAUAUCCAAACAACGGUAGUGAAAUUGUUGUACGACAACUAUCAAAUGAUACAUCGAUACAUGUUGAUCCGCCGAGAUGUAAUAUUCGUGGCAUGGAUAUUCGCAUAUUGAAUACAACCGACGGGCAACUGGCGAAGAACUUUCGUUUGUUAGUUUUUGGAUGCUACGCACCAAGCGACAAACACUACAUGGCCAUAGCAACUCCAGGUACACCAGUAGAUGACACCGUUAUUUCGACAACAAAUUAUGCUGAUAGUACUAUAGCCGUGAAAAUGUGUGAAACAAUCGAAGAACUUGUGCAAUUUGGUGACACUGUAUUAUAUGCUAUAUAUGUUAACGGAAUAAAAUUGAAAUCCGCCAUAUUUCCUACUCCAUUUCCUCUUACUACAAUACCGACAAUUGUUGAUUUUGAAUUUUUGCAACCUGCAAUAAUUGAUCAUGUUUCUGCAAUGGAUCCAUCAAUGUCCGUUACUGAAAUUGCCGUUGAAACUGAUUCUACCCCUUACAUUUACAGUCAAAAUGCCUCGUCGCCAACUGUUAAUUUUCAUCCAAAUUUAGACAUGAUAACUGCUGUUACAGUAAACAUUUCAAAAACAUUAAAAGAUUCACUUCCAAGAGAUGUUCGAAUUGGCAUUUAUGGAUGCGUUGAAAAACUAAAAUGGAAUACCAAAGCACAGAUAGAAGAAGCUCAAGGCAGGACAACUAAUAUUAAUCAGAUUGAAAUGACGUAUAAAACUCUGAAUGGAUCUACAUUGACAUAUCCAAACAACGGUAGUGAAAUUGUUGUACGACAACUAUCAAAUGAUACAUCGAUACAUGUUGAUCCGCCGAGAUGUAAUAUUCGUGGCAUGGAUAUUCGCAUAUUGAAUACAACCGACGGGCAACUGGCGAAGAACUUUCGUUUGUUAGUUUUUGGAUGCUACGCACCAAUAAUGGAACGUCCUAUGACAACAGCAACGGUACCGGGAAUUGUGACAUCACUGUCAAAUGCACCGAGUGUAUCACAAACUACUGAAGCAUUAGUGACACCAACAUCGAGCGGUGCAAUGGCACCACUAACAAGUUAUGGUGCAUUACAACCAACAAGUUCUGUUGCUCCUCACCCUUCUGGAUCAUCAUCAUAUAAUCAGCCAAUAAUUGGCACUACACAAAACCUAACCCAAACCACUGACAAACCAGCCGACCUUAUGACAAUGCCAUCAACCUCCACCAUGAGUAUAUACGCAUCUAGCAUUUUACCACAAGGCAGAAGCAGAUCGUCCGACAACUCCACCACCAGCGCUCCUGCUCAACAUUCGUCGUCACAAACAACAAGCAAAAUUAUGACACAGCCGCAACUGACAGGCGGUAUUACGGCGUCGCCUGGACAAAACAACACGCCUUCGGGCCCAACACCACAUGAUCAGCCAACAAAUGCGAUCACACAAACAACGCUCACACAAAACCACGAACUCGCAACAACGCCAUCCGACGCCACCAACAACAAAUACACCUCUAACAACUUACCACAAGGCAGGAGCCGACCAUCCGACGACUCGACCACAACCGCUACUGGUGACCAACCAACCUCACAAAUGCCUUUAACAAGUUAUGGCACACCACAACAAACAGGUUCUGUUACUGGCUCAUCACCACAUGAUCAGCCCACAACUGCGGUCACACAAACAACACUCCCACAAAACCUGAACAAUGUCACCAGGCACCCAGGCGAACUUUCAACAACGCCAACCGACGCCACCAACAACAAAUACACAUCUAACAACUUACCACAAGGCCGGAGCCGACCAUCCGACGACUCGACCACAACGGCUACUGGUGACCAACCCACCUCACAAACACCAUUAACAAGUUAUGGCACAGCACAACAAACAAGUUCUCUUGCUAACUCAUCCCCACAUGAUCAGUCAACACCUGCGGUCACAAAAACAACACUCCCACAAAACGACGAACUUACAACAACGCCAAACGACGCCACCAACAACAAAUACACAUCUAACAACUUACAACAAGGCCGGAGCCGACCAUCCGACGACUCGACCACAACGGCUACUGGUGACCAACCAACCCCACAAACACCAUCAACAAGUUACGGCACACCACAACAAACAAGUUCUGUUGCUGGCUCAUCACCACAUGAUCAGCCAACAACUGCGGUCACACAACUGACAAGCGGUAUUUCGACAUUGCCCGGACAAACAACGCCGCCUUCUGGUUCAUCACCACAUGAUCAGCCAACAACAGCGGUCACACAACUGACAAGCGGUAUUUCGACAUUGCCCGGAACAACAACGCCGUGUCAAGAAAUGGAAAUAAUGACUGAUACUUCAAUAUUAAGUCGUAUUCAAGUGCAACCCGUCGACAUACCACAUAAAGAAGAACUGAGUCCAGCCGGUAAAGGGCAUACGUUUCUCCCUGAUGAAAAACACCCGAUAUUUGUGAUUGAUUUACCAAAAUCGGCACAGGUUAAUCACGUUGAAUUACCACAAAAUAAACCAGAUUCAAAUAUUGAAAAAAUGGAAGUGAUUUUCUAUGAUGAUCAUGGCAAUGUUAUAUAUUCAAAUGUAACAGGAACAAAAGUUGACUAUACCCAGUUACCACAUCAUAAGCGUACAAAGAAAAUCGAAAUACGCGUUACACAAACGACAAACAACCAAAGCCCACACUCGGUGACCAUUAGCGUGGUUGCUUGUUUAGAAUUGGGUUAG